AUGCCCCGCCUCACCGUUGGCCUCUUCCCCCCUAAAUUAUUUAGGCCAUUGCUUAGUCGAAACGUGAGCUCACCGAGCUCAACCGUGCAACGAGGAUCAUCAGUGCCCCACCACCACCACCACGCUCGCUGUGUUUCUCGUCACCGCCACUACUCUUCUUCCUCUUCCUCGUCCUCGCCGUCCGAUAAGAACACAUCCUCCUCUUCGUCUCCAUCGCCGCUCAAAUUCGCUCCGUUUGUAGCCAUUGUGGCAAUUGGCACGGGCUCGUAUAUUCUGCUGGUGAAAUCUCGCUCUUCUGGCAAGCCAGCCCCGCAAGGAAAAUUUAUAAAAAGAAUGUCUACCCCCCGCUUCUCCUCCGACGACGUCACCGUCGUCUUCUUCCUCGGCGGGCCCGGCGCCGGCAAGGGCACGCAAUCCGCCAACCUCGUGCGCGACUAUGGCUUCAACCACCUGUCCGCGGGCGACCUGUUGCGCGCCGAACAAACCCGCGAGGGCAGUCAAUACGGCGAGAUGAUUCGGGAGUACAUCCGUGAGGGCAAGAUCGUGCCCAUGGAAGUCACCGUCACGCUGCUAUCCAACGCCAUGGCCGAGAUCCUCGAGCAAGGAACUUCCAAAUCAACAAAUCCGCCGCGGUUCCUGAUUGAUGGGUUCCCGCGACAGCUCGAUCAGGCGCAUUUCUUUGAAGCGUCGGUGUGUGUCUCAAAACUGGUGCUGUUCCUCGAGUGCCCCGAGGAAGUCCUGCAGGCGCGACUGCUGAAACGCGGCGAGACGAGUGGGCGCGAGGACGACAAUGCGGCCUCGAUCAAAAAACGGUUCACAACUUUCUUGCAGACGAGUAUGCCUGUCGUCGAUGAGUUUGAGAAGCAGGGCAAGGUGAUCAGCGUGUCGGCCACGGGCUCGAUUGACGAGGUCUAUGAGCUCAUCAAGGAAAAACUGCAGGAGAAGGGUAUCUCGCCUGUAUAA